AUGAUCCGUAGAUUCUGCUCGACGUCAGCAAAGUUUAUAAAACCGAUCCAAAGCAGAUCAGAGUUUGAAUUACCGAUAAAUGUGGAGAGGAAGAAAUGGUACCCAAAGCACAUGUCAAUUCAGAUGGCCAAGAUGGAAGGUCGACUACGAAGCGUGGAUCUGGUGGUAGAAGUUCACGAUGCUAGAGUGCCUUUUACCGGUCGAAAUCCUGUGUUCAGGGACAGGUUAUUCACAGUACGACCUCACAUUUUGGUACUGAACAAGAGGGACUUGAUAGACAUGGAGAAGUAUAGGUGAGGAAGGGUUUGAAGUAGAGUUUAUUGAGAGUCUAAUAACUCUGACCGUAUACUUGUAUCUCUGAACAUUAUGAUGAUUUAAAAUUAAACUUUGCUUUAUAAUUACACAAAAACUUUCUAGAAUCCCAGUAGAAGAACAACUGAGGUCAGAAGGAGUGAAUUGCGUGCUUUGGACUGAUUGCAAGAAGAAGACCAAAAGGGCAUUGGACGACUUGACCAAGAUGAUGAUCCAAUGUCUACAGUCAGACUUCAGGUUCAAUCGCACAGUUAAAGCAGAGUACCAAGUUAUGGUCGUCGGCAUACCAAAUUGUGGAAAGUCAUCGUUAAUUAACGGACUCAGAACUUUAACAAUGGAUAAAAAGAAGAAUGCUGUUAAAGAAGGUUGGUUGCUGUGACAUGGGGUUUAUAUUUAAUAAGUUAUUUCUUCUAUACCAUCAAAAUUUCUGCGAUAUUAUGUAUACCUUUUAUGUGAUAUUGCACUAUUUAAUCAAAAAAUGAAUAGAAUUGCGAAGCUUUUAAGUUAAACCCACUCAAAAGCGUUUUUUAAGUUUAGGUAACAUUUUUAAUUUUAGGCGCUCGUCCUGGAGUUACCGUAAGACUGCAGAACAGGGUGAGGAUAAUGGACAAGCCGUUGAUGUACAUUCUGGACACUCCUGGUGUUCUGAAUCCGUAUGUUAGGACAGUAGAAGAGAACAUGAAGCUCGGACUGUGUGAAAACGUUUUGGAGUCAACUUUAAAUAUGGAGAGCGUCUCGGAUUACUUACUGUAUUGGCUUAACAAGUAAGUUUUGAAGUUUUUAAAGCUAUAUUAACCAUAAUUAAAAUAAGUUAUAUUAACCGUAAUAUAUAAGAAAUUAAUGUCAAAAUUAUAUGUCAUGUCCUUUCGAGCUGUUUAAAAAAGCAUUUUAAUACCUAGUUUCCAACAACUUCGUUUGUAGACAGCAAGACUACUCCUACUUGAAAGCCCUAAACCUAGAAGGACAGCCGACAGAUGACAUUCGAGAGUUGCUUACCAGGAUAUGUCAGAAAAACAACUUGGUACACUCGAUUAACAUACCCGGUAAAGGGCAUUUCGACCGGUGGAAUUACAAAGCAGCUAUUGAAAUGUUCUUAAAGAUCUUUAGGAAACGAGAAUUAGACGACUGCUUCCUGGACAAAGACAAACUAUAA